AUGAAGAAUAUUGACAAUAAUGCAGAUAUAGUAUGCAUAACACCUACUGCUAAUGAUAAAGGAGUAUUAUCACCACAGUUUAUAGCAACGGCUACUCGAUUCAACAUCAACUCUUUUAAAGAUAUAUUGGAGAAUAGUAUAUCGAAUCAUUAUGUUAUACUACCUCGAGAAUUCCAUGACUUUCCUCCAUGGAUACAACAACGUCUAUCUCCAAACAGAGCCGACAAGAGUGACAUUACGACUGCAUUGGUGACCUAUUAUCGAUUAACAUCACUACAUUCACUUUUGGACAUGUCAUCGAUCGAGACACUAUUCAUCAACCACAAACACGGGAAUACAAUAGAUCUUGGUAGUAUCUCACUCUUGCCACGUCUACAACGACUUGAAGUUCUUGCACAACAACUCAAGCUUGGUCCUCACCCGUCACUCAAGUCUCUAAAAGUGUAUAUUAACAAUCCAUUCGAUCUCGGUGACUUGCAACUCGACAAAUGCGUAUCGUUGACAGAGCUGUCGCUAAAGAGUGAAUAUAUGUCUGGGCUCGAACCUGGUAUCUUGCCAAGCAGCUUGACAUCGCUCACUCUGAGUACAUUGGAUUUUCCACGAGACUCAUUCCUUUCAUUGACAUCGCUGGUGUAUCUCAAGAUCAACAUAAACCAUCUGGGCCCAGAUGAAGAGAUAGAAGAUGAGGGGGUGCAAGAACAGCUAUUCAUCGAUCUAGAGACUCUAUCUACACUCAAGACACUCAUUAUCAGAGACUACCAUGACAAUGACCCAACAGAGGAUAGACAGUACGGUCUAGAGAUUACUGUACCUCCAUCACUCACCAUUCUCCACCUCAUUGCUUCAUCCAUACAAAUCCCAACUAAAUGUACAAUGCCACUAUUAGAGAAAUUGUAUAUCCGACAGAGUAUUCUGGUUGGUCUUAGAUUUAGUCUAUCAUCAUGUGGUCCAUCACUCAAGAAACUAGCUCUUUAUGAAUGUCUCAAAACCAUCACAACUAUCAUCCCACCGACUAUCGAAAAGCUAUCAAUCUAUAAAUAUGAGGAAGAUCCUAUACUUGACCAAAUUAUAUUCCCACCAUCUCUUACUCAUCUCACUAUUAGAGGAUUCAACGAACCUGUUCAACUCCCUCCAUCACUCAUCAAACUACACCAAAACAUCAACAAAAAUGCUCAUCCACUUCCACAACAUUUAAAAAAACUAGUUUGGGAUAUGGAUGAGAAAAGAACAUCCUCUUCUAAUUUUGAAUUCACAACAUCCUAUCCACCCAACCUUGAAACACUGCAAUUAUUUGAUGUUGGUGGUGACUUUACAAUUGACAUACCAUCAAUCACCAAACACCUAUCAAUAUCGUUGACCAAACUCCCUCAACUGGAUCUUGAUUCUCCUUCAAUCUUUAAACUGAAAAAAGACGAACAUCCAAUCUUUUCAAUCGGCUCAAGAAUAUCCAAAACUAUCUCACAAUCACAACAAUGGUUACCAAUCAAUACGACUCAUCUAACUUGCAAUCUAAGAGACACUAUGUAUAACUUGAAUGGUGCAUUUAGAUUAGAUGAAGUAAUCAAUCACACCAACGUUAGAUUAGACCCGGACAACAACAAUGUAUUGGUAUUGGAAACAAAGUCACUUCAGGGUGGAACAAUCACGCAACAAAGAACAAAAUCAGAUGACACUCAAACAAAUAAUCAACAACAACAACAAUAUGAUCCAAUUUAUUUAUAUUUUGAUACUGGUUCUACUUCUCCAUUUGAUUUGAAUUGGAGUUUUUUACACAGUAAUAGUGGUUUAAGAAGAUCGAUUAGAUUUAAAGGAAUAGAAGCUAUAGAUGAAGACGAGGGAGAGAUAUCAAAACAGUUUAAAUCAACAGCUACUCGAUUCAAACUCUUAGCAUUUAAAGAUAUCUUGGAGAAUAGUGUAUCUAGUCAUCAGCUGAUCCUACAUCGAGUAUUCAAAGACUAUCCCCAAUGGAUACAACAACGUAUCUCUUUAGAUAGAGCUGACACGAGUAACAUUACAACAGCAUUGGUGACAUACCAUCGAUCAUCACCACUACCACUAGAGUCACUCUACGACAUACCAUCAAUCGAGACACUAUUCAUCAACCAAAUUACCGUAGAUCUAAAUCAUAUCUCAUGCUUGUCCAAUCUCCAACGACUAUCAGUUCAUGCACACAAAUUGAAACUUGGUCCUCACACAACACUCAAGUCUCUUAAACUGCGUAUCGACCUUCCAUGCGAUCUCUGUGAUUUGCAACUCAACCAAUUCGUAUCACUGACAGAGCUGACGUUGAGGACUAACUUUGUGUCAAAGAUUAGUCCAGGUAUCUUGCCAAGCAGUCUAACAUCACUCACUCUGAGAACGAUAGAGAUACCUCCAAGAGACACAUUCCUCUCAUUGACAUCGCUGGUGUAUCUCAACUUGGAUCUGAAAGGAGUUGAAACAGAGCAAAGUGUAUAUGAUGAAGUGAUGGAUGAAUGGGAUGAAGUUGACGAGAAACAACCAAUUCAACAACUAUUCCUCGAUCUCGAGAGUCUAUCAAAUCUCAAGACACUCAUAAUCGGUGACGACAAUGACCCAACAGAGGAUAAACAGUACAGUCUCGAGAUUACUGUACCUCCAUCACUCAUCAUUCUCCACCUCUUUGCUUCAUCUAUACAAAUCCCCACCCGUUGUAAAAUGCCAUUAUUGGAGAAACUGUAUGUACAACAGUGUAUUCUAGAUCAUGAUAGACUCUGUCUAUCUUCAUCAUGCGGUCCAUCACUCAAGAAACUAGCUCUUUUUGAAUACCUCGACCAUCCAGAAAAUAAGAUACCAUCGACCGUUGAAAAGCUAUCAAUCUAUAAACUCUAUGAUGAAAAUAUUGACCACUGCGAAUUCCCACCAUCUCUUACCCACCUAUCUGUCAAAGGAGGCUAUAUUAAUGUUCAACUACCAGACACACUCAUCAAACUUAAACAACACGUCAAGAAACAUCAUUUUCAUCCACUACCUCGACAGCUCAAAAAACUCGUUUGGCAUUUUGAUAGGGAAGGAAUGACCUCUAAUUUUGAAUUCCCAUUCAACUAUCCACCUCACGUUGAAACACUCCAAUUCUUUGAUGAAGGUGGUGACUAUCGUACAGCAAUACCAUCAGUCACCAAACACCUAUCAAUAACAUUGACCCAAUUCCCUCCAAAACAAAAAAAAACACUCUCCAUCUUUUCAAUUGGAUCAAAGUUGGCUCUACCCAUCUAUCAUUCACAAUGGCUACCAUCCAAUACAACUCAUCUAAAUUGCCACCUAAAAGACACACUGUAUGAUCAUCAUGGUGCAUUUAGAUUAGAUCAAGUCAUCAACAAUACCAAUGUUAGAUAUUUAAAUAUCAUUGUUUCAAAUCAACAAACCUUUCAAUUUACAAUUCAAAGAUUAGACAAGGAUAAUAUUAAUUAUGCAUUUUGGAGCGAAAAAGAUAAAUGUACAGAUAGAGUAGAGAUAACACAUUAUUUGUACUCAGAUGAAUUGAUUGAUUUAAAUUGA